AUGGUGGCGAGCUUCAAGCUAGACAUUAUAAUUAUCGGGGCUGGGCUAGCUGGAAUUGCGGCAGCGUUAAGGCUGAGCCAAGCUGGUCAUCAUGUACGUGUCUUAGAUGAACAUGACCGCGGUGAGAGAGGGUGCACAGCAGCUCAUCUCCCUCCAAAUGCUACCAGGAUCUUAACAGACUGGGGUUUCCGCGAUCAGAUCCAAUCCCUUGGGCACUUGAUCAAAAAUUCAAGGUUCUAUUCCAUGGAGAAUGGCGAGCUCAUCGGAAGUCAGAGGUGGAGAGAAGAGGUUAUUCGCGAGAUAGGCGCGGACUAUUAUUUUAUUCAUUAUCAUGAUCUAUACGCCAUGCUGCAUGAUGCAGCGGUCAAGGCUGGUGCCAUCGUACAAUUCGACGCCGGCGCCGUGAACGUGGAAACGUACCCUCCUCGUGUCACACUUACCAACCAAAAUGUGCUGAAAGCUGACUUGGUAAUUGGCGCUGACGGUCCCCGAAGUAUUACCCGUAGGACUCUAUUCGGUGAGGAACGCAUUAAACUAGAAGGUCAUUCUCUAUUCACAGCGGUGGUACCCAGAAAAUUGGUGGAGGACGACGCAUUGGUAGGAAAUUCUAUUAACCCUAGUCUUCUAGAGUUCCCACUUUGGCUAGGCUCAUCGCGACAUGGUGAGGCCAUGUUGAUGCGUGACGGGACCGAAAUUGCUCUUAACAUUUUUUAUCCUGAUUCUGAGAUACCCAUCGACGCAGAGGAUACCUGGGAAGGUGAACCUAUGCAAGGGUGGCGCCCGAGAUCGAACGAUCCAGUGCUGCAGCGCUUGAUAGAACUAUGUCCGGAUAUGCGCCGUCUAAAGCUAUACAUCCGCGAAGAACUCGAAGAUUGGAUAGACGAAUCCAGCAGAUUGCUUCUAAUUGGCAACGCCGCUCACCCGGUACUACCUUGCUGGUCCCAAUCAUGUGCUAUAAAUCUAGAGGAUGCCGAAACUUUGGGAGUUUUGCUGUCACACAUCAACGACAUUGACCAGCUGCCAGUGUUGAUUGAAGGCUUUCAAGAACUUCGAAAGCCCAAAUAUCGUUUCGUCCAGGACAAAUCGUGGUGGCAGUCAGUCGAGUCCAUGUGGCUUGCUCCAGGCCCUGAACAGAAAGCGAGAGAUGAGAUGCUUCGAAAACAGCAAGACGACGGGGACUGGGACGAGAGCAUGCUACAACAGCAGUUCGAUGGAUUAUGGGCGGCCUUUGGGUACAAUGCUCGCGAGGCUGCGGAAAAUUGGUGGACAACUUGGGGAAUGUUGAGAGAAAGAAGCAAAACAACGGCGUGA